AAAAUUUUCCUACUUAUAAACCCCAGUCUUAAACCCUAACCAAGAACUCUUCGGUCUCUUCCCUUUGGUAUGAACAUGAGUUGAAACUACUACAUAAUCUGUAAAUAUGCAACCUCACUUUAAUUCCUUUCCUCAUCAAAUCCAAUCUAAUUCUUCCACCCCUCAGCUACCUCACCAGGGUUUCAGUUCUAAUAUGUUACAGAAUUCAGUGCCACUUCAACCUCAAAUGGGUUUUUUAAAACCUCAAUUUCCGUUUAAUUUAGGUAAUGGGCAACCCACGCCCAUGCCCAAUGUGCAAGCACCAUUGAUAACUCAGCCAACUUUCAUGAAUGCUCAAAACCCUUAUGUUUUCUCACAAAAUAACCAUCUGGGUAUGCUCCAAUUGCCGCCCAUGUCUCAGCCACAACAUAAGCUGAAUAAUGUUCCCAUGCUUCCUGUGCCCGGGCAAAUGUUUGGUUCUAAUUUAUCAAAUUUGCACUUUAGCCAAAACAUGGCUUUGCAAAACCUGAAUCAACUUGUGUCUAUGCAAAUGGCGAACCCUGCCUUUUUGGGGAAUCCGCAGUUUGGUCUUGUGCAUGGUAAUGGUGUUGGCCAAAAUGUAAACCAAAACCAGCAAAAUUUGGUUCAGCCAGUGAUGGAUGCAAGUGGAUCGAUAUCAUUGCCUUCGAGUGGAGCACAACAAAAUCAGAAUUCACAGCCUUCUGUUUUUGCAAGGUCUCAGGGGAAAUCUUUUAGAAAUGGUCAGGGUAAUGCUUCUAAUACCAACUGGAAAAAUGGUCCAAGGAAAAAUUUUGUAAGAAAUCCGAGACGAGAGCAAUCACAGGGGUUUCAGAAGUCCCAGUUUCAUCAUCGGGACAAUUCAAAGAGAAACCAUGGAUUUAAUAAUAACCAUAAAGCAAAAGGACAUGGCAAUGAGAUGACAGCAAAAUUUGGUCGGGCUAAUCAUAUGAACCAACCAAAGGAAAAUAAAAGAAAAUCUCUUGCUUUGGCCUAUACUGAAAAAGAAAUCCAACAAUGGUGUGAAGAGCGUAGGAAGAACUACCCAACAAAGGCCAAUGUUGAGAAGAAGUUGAGUAAAAAACAGUUGAACUCCGAGAUCAUUGAUAGAGAGGCCAAAAUACGACGUGAGCAACUCAAGGAUAUCUUGACAAAGCAGGCUGAGUUGGGAGUUGAAGUUGCAGAAAUACCAUCACAUUAUCUUUUGGACUCUGAGAAACCUGUGCAUGGAAGGGAGGAGUAUACGAAGUCUUUUAAUAAUAGGAAAUUUCAAAAUAGAUAUGAUAAGAGAGGGAGAUAUAACAAAAAAGACCUAUUUGCUAAGAAGCAAAAGUUAGAUGACAGGAAUUCACCUAACACUUCUUCUUUCAACAAGAAGAAGCCAACACUUCUGCAGAAGCUUCUAAGUGCAGAUAUUAGGAAAGACAAAAGACAUUUGUUACAAGUUUUUAGGUUCAUGGUGAUGAAUUCCUUUUUCAAAGAUUGGCCAGAGAAGCCUUUGAAAUUUCCCUUGGUUCUAGUUAAAGAAAGUGGUUCUACAAGUGUGGUGGCUGAAGAGAAAUCAUUGCUCAUAGAUAAUGAUGCUUCCGAACACAGCAGCAGAGCCACAGCUGAAAACUUUGAAUAUGAAAAUAAUGAAAAUGAUGAUAACAAGGCAAGGCAGAAUCGAAACACCCAAGCUUUUGAAGAUGAUGAUGAUGAUAGUGAGGAUGAUAAAAAACAUGAUGAGGAUGGUGAUGGUGACGAUGACGGUGAUGAUGACAAUGAAAAUGAUAUAGAUGAGCAAAUGGAUUAUAAUGUUAAAGUAAAGGGUAAGAUUGCUGCAGAGUGUAAUAGACCUGAGGAGGAAGAAGGAGAAAUCAUUGACUAGGUUAUAUCUCUGUCUUGAUCUUUCUAUGUUUAAUGUAUUAUAUAUACUGUGUGUCAUAAAUUUGUUGAGGCUUUUGGGUUCAGAUUUAGUGACAACCAGGAGCUCAAUUUUGCCAAACCUUGAUUGGGAAGGAUUGACUGACCAGAUGAAUGAGGAAUAAAACGCCUUUGAAGUUACGAUCUUGGUUAGCCGUGAAUUAAAAUUUCAAUGUAAACUAACUGGCAUCAAAUUUGUGAGCUCGUCGAUUUUGAGAUUAAUCUUCGUUUUGUGUGGGAUUUAAAUGCCAACAUUUUCUGAUAGUAUAUGUGGCUACUUGCUGUGCUGGGACAUCAUUAUUUCCUUUUCUUUUUUGUGAGGCAUCGAAUUGCAGUAAGACAAUAAAUAAGAUGCAAAUAUUUCUCGAGUAA